AUGUCUACACUAGUUUCCGUAGCCUUCAUUAGGGUGGCGGCGUCCGAUCUUCCCAUCUCGGACCAUCGCCAUGAUCGAUCAUGGCUGCGUAACGUAUCCUUCAUGCUGCGCUGGUGUAGCCCAGAACCGAGCUUGAUCUUAGGGGUUUCGAAGCUUAGGUUACAAUUGCGGAAACCUCAAUCGUGGUCACCUGAUGCCUUUGAGCGAACCGGUUUAUCAGAGUCGUUCGCUACAGUAGCCACGGAACUUUUAGAAGAAUGUCAGGCAUAUGUUACAGAGGAUACUAAUUUUGACGUUCCAUUAGUCAUCAAACCCAUGCUUGUUUCAAUGGAAUUUAACGAAAAAUAUCACAUCAAAAAUGCUGUGGAAGUUGAAGAAGAUGCUUCCGAUGAUGCCGACAUGGACCUGAUGGGCGAACACCUCGACGGCGAACUACAAGAAGCAGUCAAAUCCCCUAGCCAUCUCUCUAUGGCACAACUUCUACGCAAACUGAGUGAUGGGAUGUUUGUGUAUGACGGAACGACGGUUUGGAUGUUUAGGGAUGGGUGGCAACCUAUAUCGGAACACUGCGAGAUUGUCCGACAAUUUAUGGUCAAGCACAUGAACCCCAUCUGGGACGAACGCAUCAGAAUUUUCUUAGAUUUGCUCUCCAAAGUGGACCCCGAUUCCAAAAAGGCCUAUAAGUACAAACGCUGCUUGGAAACAGAGAACUUCGCAAAAUCACUGCUGACUACCAACUCUCACAUCACAUCCAUCAUUUCCUGUUUCAAGUGUGAAGUAUACAAUGCUACUUUUCUGCAAAGAUGUGAUAAGGACCCUUUGAAGAUUGGAUGCAAUAAUGGCUAUGUGGACCUUGUGGAUGGGAAGUUGAAACCAUAUAGCAAGGAUGUGCUUAUAACAAAGACAGUAGGCUACGAUUAUUUUUCUACCGAAAACGAUGUUUCUGCCAAAUUGCGCAACGAUUGGCUUGAAUUUGUUACUCGUCUCUUCCCUGUGGAGGAGGAGCGCAAUAUUGCCCACAUAUACGCUGGAUAUUGCCUCCGUGGUGACCAUCCGGAGAAAAUUUUCCGCGUCCUGAAGGACAAAAUCGAUGGUAACAAUGGCAAGACAAAGUUUGCGCAGGCUUUGGAAAUAGCCUUUGGCGGGUAUGCAAAGCAGGGAAAUGCCGAACAUAUAUAUCGUUCCACCAGGCAUUCCAAUCAGAAUGGUCAUAAUGCUGCAAUAUUUGCAUAUGCUGGAUACUUGCUCGCAAUCUUCGAAGAGAUGGACGAGCACAAGACACUUGAUACCAAAAGAGCCAAAAAGAACCAUGGGGGGAAUGCAAGCGAAACUGGCUGA